AUGGUUUCAAUUGAUUGCCAAAAAAGAAAUAAUAAAUUACAUAGUUUACAAAAAAUAGAAACAUUUGCAAAAGUUAAUGAUUUGUUUGGAGCACAUAAUAAAGUAGAUUGGCUGAUGCAAAGAGGUGAAGGAAAUUUUGACAUUGAUUGGAGCAAAGAAACUCCAGAAAAUUUAAAAAAAUUAUUUGUUUGCGAAAAUCAUGUUAAAGAACUUCUUACUGAUUAUGAUAAAAGAAGUUAUGGGCAUGUAAAAAAAGAAUCUGUUUUUCGUUGUACCAUUCCAAUAAAUACUUUUAAUCCUCAUAAAUUUGAUAAAGGAAGAAGAGUAACUAAACGUAUGAAUUCUAACAUGUGUAAAAAAAUUUUAAAAUUACAUAAAAUAUUGUUACAUCCAGGUCAUUAUAUUUGUGAUGGACACUGGAAAAUGUUUGAAGAGAUGGAAGAAGAAGCAAUGAAUAUUUCAUUAAAUUUUUCUGUCAUGCCAUCACAGUUAGAUAUAUCGUUUAAUCUCACAACUCUUACUACUUCAGAUGAUGUAGAGAUUGAAAAUGCUGUCAAAAUAAUAGCAUUACGACUAGAAUUAAAAGGAACAUUAAAUUCUGGAAAAUUUAGUAAACAAGAGAUGCCAUAUCGAACAUACAUUUAUACACAAAGCAAAUAUUUAUUUUCUGGAGCAUAUGAUUCGAAAAAAAGAAAACAUGUGGAACGUUAUGAUAAGAAAUCCAUUAAUGAUUUCGUUUCCUUUAUUUCCACACCUUUAAUAACAACUAUGGUACCAUGGAAAGAAAUGAAAUUAAUUGGAAAAAACCAAACAAAAGAAAAAAUUGCUUUACCAAUAAGAGAUGUUUCAGAUACUGCAAUUAUAAAAAUGUAUUUACAAUACUGUAGUGAAAUAAAAAAAGAAACGGUUCCUAGUGAAAGCACUAUGAGAAAAGUUCUUUCAGCGUGUACAACAAUUAGAAAUAAAGCAAAAGUUUGUGUAGACUACUUUUAUGGAAAUUUGAUGGAUUCAUUAAAAAUGUUUGACAUUUAUUUAGAUGAAUUAAUAAAGAAUGAUGUAUUGGCAAAAAAUUUAAAAAAAAAUUGGAUUAAUAGGAUUGAUUUUGCCAUAUCUUAUUUAAAGUCAGACUACAAAAUAAAUGUUAAAGAACAAUUUUGUGUUGCUGAUCACUGCUUUUCCCAUGCUUUAAAUAGAAGUACGUUAAAAAAUUAUUGUAGUCAUAAUCAUGAUUUCAAGUACAACGCUUCAUUUGGCUUAAGAUUUUUUAUAAUUUCAUUUUUUGUAUUUUCACAAGCGACACCUCAUAAAAUAUGUGUUUUAUAUAAAUUAAAAUUUUUUUCAAGAUUAAUAAGUUGA